AUGAACCACACUUUCCAAACCUUCUUCACUUGCGCCAACAUCGGCCCUCCCCCAAACUAUGAGAUGCUCAAGGAAGAGCAUGAGGUAUCUGUGCUGGGGGUGCCCCCACCCAUGGCUCCAGUGACAUCCACUAUGAUCAACAUCUGCAGCAAGAUCUUGGUGCCUGACCAUGUGGUCUGGUCCCUAUUCAACACAGUCUUCAUUAACUGCUGCUGCUUGGGCUUCAUUGCAUUCACCUACUCCGUGAAGUCUAGGGACAGAAAGAUGGUGGGUGAUGUGAUUGGGGCCCAGACCUACGCCUCCACUGCCAAGUGCCUGAACAUCUUCACCCUGGUCCUCGACAUCAUUCUGACCAUCAUGUUCAUCAUUCUUUUCACUGAUGCUCCAGUAAUAAUUGCAGAUAUGAUUCAACUGAUGAAAGAUUCUUUUCAAGGCUUAUAG